GCGCCAGCCCAGUCCUUCCGGCCUGGCCGCCAUAAUCGUCAAGUAGGUAAAAGAAGGGCGGAAUUUAAAAUCGGGUCGUUAUCGGAACCAUCCUGCGGUUGGGUGACUCUUGCUAGAAAUGGCAAUCAGGUAUCCUAUGGCAGUCGGCCUGCACAAAGGUCACCCUAUCACCAAGAACGAGACCGGCCCAAGGCAAAGCCGCAGACGAGGGCGCCUGACCAAGCAUACCAAGUUUGUCAGAGACCUAAUCCGUGAGGUCUGUGGCUUUGCCCCUUAUGAGAAACGUGCAAUGGAAUUGCUGAAGGUCUCUAAAGAUAAGCGUGCACUCAAAUUCAUUAAAAAGAGGGUUGGAACCCAUAUUCGGGCCAAGAGGAAGAGAGAAGAACUCAGCAAUGUAUUGGCAGCAAUGAGGAAAGCAGCAGCAAAGAAAGAUUGAUCUGUACUAAGUUGUUACCAAUAAAAUUCAUUUUUAAUGUUGA